CGCCUUCUUCUCGUCGUCGCCUCCCUCGUCUUUCUAUGGGGAGCUCCAUCCCUCGUGUGCGUGAGUGUUGCUGCAGUCCAUCUCUGGCGCCUGCGAAUCCUUCAUGAAAUCGGGGGUGAUCUAAGCAGAAGAGGGCGGAUCUGCGAACCCGAGGCCUUGCCUUUCCCGGUGAGCUGGCUUUCUCUCCUUCCUGUUCACAGACAUUCUCUCCUCACGGUGGUUUGUUGGCGCGAUGCACCCGAUGAUUUGAAUUUUUCGUUGUCAACGGGAGGGUGGUCGGAAUUUCUGAGCCCGAAUUGGAUGGAGUCUGUCGCUGAGUUCUAUGGAGGAUAGGUCUGCAAUACUGCAUCGCCGAUGGGGAGAGGAGCCGGAGUCGUGACUGAACCUUGGUCUGAAUGCGAGAUUCUGCGCGGUCGGUAGUUAGUGGUUUUGUAAUCUGCCUGAGUACCCAGUUCCCUGUGACGAGGUGUGGCGUGGAGUUUUUCCCCGAGGUCACGGUUUCUGGUUAGGGCUUCAUUUCGUUUUUUUUUUUCCAGGAUUGACGGGUGUCGGUGUUGCCUCCUGAGGAAGGUUGUCUACUGGACGGAGCAGCUUCAAUAGAAUGGUUUCGGAGUACUCCUUUGGCUUUGUCUAUAUAACUGCUUUCCCCGGAAUUGGUCGGUCUUUGUAAUCGGCUUCUUUUUCUGAAGUUGAACUGCGGCGUAGUUUCUGUCCUCUUAUGCUUGUUUACCUUCAAAAUCGAGACCAAUUGCCUACCUGAGAUCGCUCAAUUACAGCCUGAACGCUAUCGAGUCUCGGACCCGCGUUAGCCAUUCCGUGGAGCGCUUACGGUGUUAAUCUUCUAGCAGGAGCCGUUCACCUUCGACCUUCUGGCUUUGCAGUCUGUAUUGAGUAUGUUGCAUAUGUUGCAAAUUCCUCCCUGAGUGAAGUGGAAAGGGUUUGGCAAAUUGCUUAGGCUGUCUUUUAUUUACAGCAGGUACUGAAGUCGCAGUCAUAAGCUGCACGAGGACGCUGCAGAUGAGGAUCUAAGGUUGCAGUGAUAAUUGUGGUCACUCAUGAGAGCUUCAGGCUGAACGAGGAUUGCGUCAAAAUGGCAACGUUGGGCCAGGAGCUUGGAGUUGAUGACGAGUGGCAUAGAUCGUACAAUCACAGCCAUAACCAACAACAGGACAAUGACCCCCUUAGUUUUGACACUGUGUCAGAUACUCCAAUGUUGGAUGAAACCAUCGCAAUAGUGAAGGAUAAAGUGUGGAGCUUCCGAGCAGCUCUGAAAGGCAUGGCAGAGGCUCUUGUAAACUUUGGGCUCAGUCCUACUGUUGUGGGCUACUCAACAGUUCCACUCGGUGAAAAUGACUCCCUAGCCGAACAUGAUGAAGGAGAAGAGGCUCUUCGACAAGUUAUCGAUCAAGAAAUCCUUGCCAGGUCCCCAUUUACCGGUCUAUCAGAGGAUGGUGUACAUCAGCGCCGAUUGAACGAGGAGAGCAGCUUGGUGCAUCACGACGAAGAUGUAGAUGAUAGCAAUCAUGCCUUUGUGGAGGCUGGGCGGAAAGAAGCAGAUGAGAUGAAGUCUUUGACGGGAAGGUGGAUGGGAGAACUGGACGACGAAGAUUAUGAGGAUAGACCUAAGAAAGACCAGUGAGUAUGUCGCGCGUUUGUUUAUGGCAGAGUAUGAAGAGCCACCUGCUUGGAAGGUAUUGUGCUAGUAUCUAAGUAUCAAGACAUGCUCGUAGAGUGACCCCUACACUUUUGUGCGUAUUUUGGUGUUGGUAGUCCUUCUUUGCCUCAGGGAAGGGCACGGGCCUCAAGAGUUACGAGCAAUUACGUACUGUCUGGUCUGCGUCUUUGUCAUGCUUCAAAAAUGAGGUUCAGGGCUCGUUAGGAACUUUCUGUUGAUACUGCGAAUGGGCUUUAAGCAAAGCCAGAUCUUCCAAAACGUUGUAUAUUAGUAGAGGAAUGUGAUCCAUAACGUGACUAGAGGUCCUCAUUUAUAUCGUAGUCUUAUUUUGAUCUUCCUGACGACAGGAAAGUUGUCCGACCCUUCUGAAUCAAUACUAUUAAACAUCAUUUAAGAAUGUUGUGUACAAACUGCUGGUAAUCAAAUGGUUACUUUGCCAACUUUUGAACC